GUGUGUGUCAGGCUGGCCUUUUCAGAUGCAGUGUUACCACUGUGAAGAGACUCUGUUGGACAAUGACUGUUCAGCUCCAAAGUUCAUUGUCAACUGCACAGCAAACAUCCAGAAUGCCUGUCAGAAGGAGGUGAUUGUGGGUGAAAAUGGUGUGUCCUACAGGAAGACCUGUGCCUCUUUCUCCACCUGUCUGAUCGUAUCAGCAGGGUAUCAGUCCUUCUGCGUCCCGGGUCGGGUGGGCUCUGUCUGCAUCAGCUGCUGUAACACCCCCCUCUGCAACGAACCCCGCCCCCCCAGGAUUUCCCUGGGCCCCACCCAUCCUCCCGCUAGACCCACUACCCUCCUCAUCAUCACUGUUGCCAUGGGAACACUUCCCUGAUGUGGACACUAGUAUUGCCUGGAUUGGACAGAAGGUUCUCAGGUAUGGAGGUGCCUUGCGUUGGAGCCAACAGACACUGCCCUGAGAGAUGACUGGAAAAACUAGGUCUACUGUGGACAGAGAUUCUACAAUCUACCAACAGGGCUGACUGACACAUGGCUCCAUUGACCAAAAAGAGUGACAAACAUAAGUGAAAUUGGUCUACAAAGAUAACAUAUAUAAUUGUUUUAAGAUGCUCAUACCAUGGAUCAUUAAGCAAUUUGAUUUUGAAUUUUAGGACCACGGUAUGUAUCAAAAAAUA